GAGGAGCACGCGGGAGGGAAGAGUAGCACGCACCUCUAUGCACGCCUGGAUUCCGUGACACCUGUUAGUGGAGGAUAGCUGAUGCCUACUGAAGGGUAUACCCGUUCUUUCGAUGCCUUCGCCAUCGCCUUGAGCCAAGCAUGUGAGGGAGGGGAGAAGCGUUGGUACACAUCGACCACUGAGCUGCAGCUGGGGUCGUUGGACAUCUGCAGGGCGUGCCGAAGUACCCCGACCUUGCACGUCCGUGUAACUGGUGGGACUCCUACAAGCUUAUGGUCUCCUCCUACUGUGCAGGCACUGCCGAACACGCAAAGCUCGAAGGUUCGUGUCGUGAGCCGUGUGCCAGUCGUGCGUGCUCUUCGUUUGACGUGGGCGUUUUCUAUGGAAACCUUGGUGCAGAGAGCCGCCAUCGAGCUGUGGUCGCGGUCCGAACGUCUUGAGAUGGUGGGACCAUUGUGUGCGGCUAGCCUAGGAUCAGUGGUUUGGCCUCUGGGGCUGACACAGCUGGUGUUGGACACAGAUUUCCAUAUUCCAAUGGAAAAGCGAGGAAGGUCUGGAUGAGGAGGGGAUCCUCCUAGCCACCAGGGGGCAGGCAAAUAGCGGAGUCCUGAUGUGGUAUGGUCCCCCGGGAGGUAUACCUCCCGGCCAUCCCACAUCCUAUUCUAGACAAAGAUGUACCCUAUCUAGGCCCUACAGCAACACUCCUCCUUAACAUUAGUCUGUGGGACGACUUUGAAUGUACUCGUCAAGGCAUCAAAAUUUCAGGUGAGACUUGCUAUGUUGUUUUGACCAGGAAGAGUUGCGCAAACCGUCACCGAUGCUUCGCCUCAAACCGUAGAAUACACGAGGUUUGGGCAAAGAGUCGUCGAUGAUUCGCCUCCAGCUCGUUGCAGACUAGACUACUGGCACUAUUCAGAGAUUGACUGUGGUGGAAAGCGGAACAACCUAUGGUAUCGAGAAAUUCGUCGGCUGCGGACG